CAGGGAUGGUUUCGUCAUUUGGUAGUCUCACCCGUUUAUUAAUUAAUGACAACGAGAAAAAAAAAACUAAGAAACAGAAACCUCGGGGAAAAACCGAAACAGAGAAAGGAAGAAGAAUACCGCCAAAAUCUCCCACUCCGGAGAGAAAUCGGCCUCUCUACUCCGGACGGCGAGGUGAAAGAUGACGUCGGGGACUAGGACGCCGACGUGGAAGGAGAGGGAGAACAACAAGCGGAGGGAGCGGCGGAGGAGAGCGAUCGCGGCGAAGAUCUUCGCCGGACUCCGGAUGUACGGUAACUACAAGCUUCCCAAACACUGCGAUAACAACGAAGUCCUCAAAGCACUCUGCAAAGAAGCUGGUUGGACCGUCGAAGAAGACGGUACCACGUACCGGAAGGUAAAAUACUCUCCGAGAUUAUUGGGCAAUUCUGCAGUGUCUAGAUCUGAGCAUUCGAGUUUUUUUUCUAAAAAAAUGGUUGUGAAGAAUCGGACGGUUGCGAUUUCGUUUCGGAGACUGGGUGUUGAUGACGAACGUCAGAUCGCAACCGUCUCCGGCGAAGUGAAAAGCGUGAAGCGUAAGAUCUGCUGAUGCUUCGACGAUCUCUCUCUUUCUCUGAGUACUUUCAGAGCUUUUAUUAAUUACCAUUAUGCCCUUUGCUAAUCAUGGAUGUCUGACCAUGUCUGACCUGGGCAUUAGCGUCAUUUCGACGGUUUUUCCUCGCAAUGAGUUCUCUCUCCCUCCCUCUCUUUUUUCUUUUUAGGGUUUGAUUGAGCAGUUUCGUGUACCGGGAAGCAUUUCUCGUGAAAAAAAAGAGUUUUUUUUAGUGUAUAGACUUAAAGUCACGUCUGUUUCACGAAACUGCGAUCGGCAAUGGGGUUGGAUUCCUGAGUACUGUAGAAAAAUAAAAUGCGGAAAUAAAAUAAGACAAAUAGA